ACCUCUCACAAAGACAAGUAAUGAUGCAGUCAAUCUCUCCUCUACUGCGAGCCAGGAGAGAUUGACAUGCAUGUUAUUGAUGUUAGUUCCCCGUGUACAUUUAAGGGCCAGCCCUGCUGCUCUGUUAUGGGCCAACUGUAAUUUGCCUAUGUCCCUCUUUGUGGGGGCAAUAAUUUGACUGAGCAGUAGUCCAGGUACGACAAAACUAGGGCCUGUAGAACUUGUUUUGUUGAUGGCGAUGUCUUGAAACGAAAAACAGCACAUGAAUAUCACCCUAAUGAAUCUCCUUUGUUUCAGUCAUACUUCAGAGCUUAAACAAUGCAAAAGAGAGUAGUGAGAAGCUUUGCGACAAUCUACAGAAACUGUGAGUCAGAACUGUCUGAAUCUUGUGUGCCAGGUCUGGAACCAGUUGACCCAAGGGCAAACUCCAAGAGCUGUAAUGAUGAAAAAGAGAGCAAAGAGAAGCUUGGAAACAACCCACCGAAAUUGACAGACUCAAAACUCCCCAAAUCUCAUGUGUUGAGUAAGGAGCCGGUUGAACCAAAGGCGAACUCAAAGAGGGAUGAAAAAGAGCGGGAUGAGAAGCUUGCAGACAACCCACAGACACUGUCUGAAUCGUAUGUGCCAAGCAAAGGACCAGUUGACCCAAAGGCAAACUCAAAGGUGUGGAGGCUGGGCUACCGGUGUCGUGCGGUGUACUCCGAGGAUGGCCUGGUCUACCCAGCGGUGCUGGUGUGGUUGAGAGGCGAACGCUGCUGGGUGAAGUUUGAAGGCUACGGGAAUGAGGAAGAGCUGGAGCUGAGCACCCUGCUAUCUCCAGAUGAACUGGGAGGCCACAGAGGAAGAGUUGAUGCCAAAGUGCAACAAGGGGCUGUUGAUGGGUUCAGGUCCACUAGUAACAACAUCGCUGAUUGGAAGAGGAAGGAAAGAGAUUGGAGGACACCUCAACAAGAGGGACGAGAGGAGCUGUCCUUACCUCAGCCACCUAAGUUUGCUCCAGGAAAAGACUAUGGCAAAAGCAGCUAUGACUUUGGCAAGGAGCAUGGGGAUAAGAAGAAGCCAAGUGGCCAGCGAGAUGUACCAUGUGGCCGAAGAGAGGAACCAAACAAUCACCCCUUUUCCUUCUUUCCUCUAGUGCCACCGCCCAAGGACUCUUUGUAAGCAGACAUUGUCCUAGGAUUAGAAGUUUGGUUGGGUUCCCAUGUGUGAUGCGGGUCAGCAAUGUGCUGUUGGCAAAGGUGCAAGAAUUGGGAAGUUGUGCGAGUGUUCACGGGGAACGAGGGAAUCGAGGAUGACGGCUACCAUCUGAUCAAUCAUCCGUAUGGGGACAAAUUGUGUUUUCUCAAAUGUUGCUCUUUUAGAUAUGUAAAUGUUUAAGAAUUGAAUUUUUUUUUGAAGACUUCUCUUUAAUAAAAAAAUGAAACGUCUUUACUACCUACAUCUCUGCAUUGAACAUGUUGGGCGAUAUGACUCUAGAGAGCGCAACAGAGCUGAAAUUUCAAGAGGCAACAGAUUUCCAUGCGUGAAAAGGAAACGACCACCUGUUUUUAUUAAGAAUAAUAAUAAAUACAAAUAUUACAGCAUUGUAUUAUCUAUAAUCAUUAGGCUACCAUAAUAAUCAAAAUAUGCCUUAAUUGAUAUGAGAUUUUAGACUAAAUUUAUAUUAGAUUGAAAAUAAAGUCUAUUUGUCCAGAGAAUAUAGAUUUGUAUCAGAUUGAAAAUGUAUGUCAGCAAUGUGUGACGACCCUCCCACUCUGUCUGCUGUAUUCUUUCUCUUUGCUCUU